UAAUUAAUUAAUUAAGCCAUGCACAGAACACCGUUGAUGAUGUCUCUUUCCACUUCAAACCAUGGCUACUCUCAAAGAUGGGAACAAACUUUGGCAUGCAUGCUUGUUCCUUUAGUCGUUUGGUUUUGUGGCAUUUUUGGCAAGUAUCCAAUAUGGGUAUUAUGGUAAUUCUCGCUUGGUUCUUGGUCCGAGUUCAUCGCGUUUGAUGAAGACAAGUUCAAUUCUUGUGGAGAAAGUUGAAGUGAGAAAUGAUCACAACAAUCUUGUUCUUUAUGCCUUUAAUCAGAAGCCUGAGUUAAUUUCCCAAACAAAUUGGACCACUUCAAGAUUCUUAGUUGUUCCCAGAAAUACUCGCAAGGGAUUUUCUUUGUGGUUAAAUAAGGGUUCUAGAAUUCGUAUGAGGUGGGAAGCACAAGCAAGUAGCAGGAAUCAGCUUGAAGGGAUGGUGAUUAAAGGAGAAAGGAGAUUUGAAAAAAUGGUGCCUCAACAAACAUUCUCCCUUGAUACACUUGCCAUUCGUGAGACAAUCAAUGGUAAUGAAGCUGAAUACAUGAUUGAGGAAGAUGAUAGGUACCAAAUUGGAGUUCUGAACAUGAAUGACAAGAACAUAGUAUUAAACUUGAAUGUUAAUGUUUCUGCCAAGAUUUAUGAUACCACCAAAGCCAACAACAUCUACUCUUCUAUCAAUGGAUCAUGCACAUUUAGCCUCCUCUUCCCCAACACAUAUUAUCUCAUUCUAACUGCACCAAAAAAUGUAGAUGAUGACAACGACGACAGUGACGGAGAAUGGUUUGUUGAAGUUUCGUUCAUUACUCGUAUGGUAGCCUAUAUAGCUAUUUUAGGACUUUGUAUAAUUGUUAUCUUCAUGAUACUGAGAUGCCUUGGAGGUUAUGAUAAUGAUAAUGACAAUAGUAAUGUGACAAUUGACACAAGCAACAACAAUAAUAAUGUAUUAGUUUCUUCAUCACAAGAAAUUACUGAACCAAUGAUGCAUCAUCAUCAUGAUGUGAAGCCAAAUCCAAAAAAUGAUGAAGAAGAAGAAUCAUCAGAAGAUGGUUCUAGUUGCUCCUCAGAGGAAUUAUAUGAUGAGAAAUUGUGUGUCAUUUGCUAUGAUGAACAAAGAAAUUGCUUCUUUGUUCCUUGUGGCCACUCUGCCACUUGCUUUCCCUGUGCAAAGAGGAUUGUGGAUGGAGAGAGCAAAGUGUGCCCUGUGUGCAGAAGGCUCAUUCACAAAGUGCGAAGAUUAUUUAUGAGUUAGGCUUUGUCAAAAUGUUAUCAUAUUAAUGUGUCACAUUAUAUCUUAUAUAUAUGUGUGUAUUGAUUAGUAGUAUUACUCCAUGAUUCACUUUUAUUAUUUCCACAUAGCUUACCUUUUUUUUAAUAUUUUUUUCCCUUCAAGUUUCUAGGGAAUGAGUUACUUGCUGUGAUUUCGAUUUUGAGCUCUCUUCGCUAUCAAUUUAUUUUUUUUUUCCAAAUCAUUUU